AUGGAGCAAAAUAGUCGCGAAAUGGAGAAGAUGAUAGCUACUAGGAAUUCAGCAACAAAUCAGAUACAAGAAGAAAAUAAGCUUUCUAAAAAGGAUGCAGAAGAACAGCUAAAUAAACUUCUCACAGAUUUGGACAGAAUCCGUGCACAAAGAGAUGAUGUGACAAUGGAGGUGGACAAGUUAAGAGCAAUGCUGCCUACUGAUUUUCAUCAAAUAAAUGCUUUAAGGGUGAUUGCGAAUGAUCGCAAAACUAUAAUUAAACAAUUGAUGGAUGAAGUUCGAAGACUACAUAUGAAAUUAGCAGCACAAGAGGGUAACAAAGAUGCUGCAGAUUUUUAUUGUAAUCCUGUUCAACCUCCAGAAUUUUCUUAUGAUGAAAUAGCAUCAGGUGCUGAUACAUUUGAAUUCAUUCAACAAAAAUUAUCAUAUGAUCAUCAUUUACAAGAAAGAUUAAAUUAUGGAAUACUAUAUUUUACAUGUUUACAAUUUAAUUUGAAAAAAAAAAAUAGACAAUCAGAAGAAAUCAGAGCAAAACUGGAACAACAAUUAGAUAAUUAUAUGAACAAUGCACAUCCAGGCAUGCAAGAAUAUCAAAGAAUGAAAAUCUCAGAACUUGAAUAUAAAAGAGAGGUUGAUGAGUUAAAAUCACAAAUAGAAGAAUAUGAUAAAAGAUAUGGUAUAAAAGAUCCAAGUGGUGAUCCAAUACAUGUACUAACAAAAAAAAUAGAGGAAUUAAUGAAAAAAAUCUCAAAAUUAGAAACAGAAUGUGAUUAUCUUAAAAAAAAAGAAUUAUUACAAGAACUUCAAGUUUUGGGUGAUCAUUGGACACGUCAAGAUGAAGAAAAUACUCGAAAAGUAUUUGAAAUUAUUGCACAAGAUGAAAGAUUGCAAAUUGCAAGAGAAUCUGAAUCAAAAGCUAGACAAAAAUUGAAUGCUAUUUGGAUGGAAAAUGUAUCAUUAAAAAAACAGAAAAAUCAUUUGUCUACAGUUAUUCAAAGUCAAACUGACCAUGUUCGACAAAUGAAAUAUUUGGAAGAUAAUCUUAAAUCACAAUUGGAAAAUGCCAAUAAAGAAAUAGCAUGUUCUAAACAAGUGGUUGAUGUCCACAAACUCAAAUUAAUUGAAAUGACUCAACAACAAAAAGAAAUGAAAGAAAAAAUAGAUAAAGCAUACAAUUCUUAUAUUGAUCUUCAAAAAAGGUAUGAUGAUUUGACAAAAUCGUAUGAAAAAGAAACAUUUAAAGUUAGGAGGCUAAAUGAAGAAUUAGAAAUUUGUAAGAAAAAAGUAGAAGAAGUAGAUAAUGAUAAAUCUAAUGUUACAGCUGAAAAAUUAGUGUAUAGUUAUGAGUGUCUGGGUCAGCAACAAGAAGCUCGAAAUCGUAAAUGUGCUACAUGUGGUUUAGCAUUCAGUACCAGUGAUAUUAAGCAAAUCUUUUUAUGUUGA